AUGCAUGAGGCAAUGCACAUUUGCUGCUCAGCGCGACCUCCUCGUGCUGCCACUGUUCCGAAGGAAAAGGCUGUCUGUCCAGCCAGCCACCCAGUGAUCAGUAACGAUCGACAGCAUUUAAGGCUAUGCUCGGACUGUGAAGAUGGGAUUUGUGCUCCAUUCCGCUCGUCAUCCGUCAGUAUCUGCUGCCACUCCUCAACCACAUUCUGUGGUCCAGGUAGCUCUGUCGAGAUGGACGGUUUGUUGGCUAGAGAUUGCGCAAAGGUGCCAUGCAGUGAGGGGUAUGAGUGCUCACUGUCACCAUUCGGAAGCCGCGUUUGCUGCUCUCUUGCUGAAUGUUCAAGUGGGAAGAGAGCUCGGGCCAUUUGUGCUGGUGGAUGUCGCAAAGACGAAAAAUGCGAGACAAUCUAUGGUCAGCGAUGGUGCUGUCCGAUAGUGGUGCCGAAACGGUGUCCUGACAAUCGUGCAAGCAACGGAGCCACUUGUUCGCAAUUUUCACGCGAGUGCAGUGCUGGCUACGAAUGUGAGGAAAGCGACGAUCAAAGUGGAUAUCUCUGCUGUGAAAUAGUCGAGCCCAGUGCACAAGUACCCUGUGCGGCAAGGGCCAGGACAUUCACGAAAAGCCCUCCCACUACAUUAAUUCCUCCUGCAGAAGUACUUAGCAUUGCUGCAAUACCUAUCACUUCACCAAUGGUAGUGUUUCCACCAUCGCCAACAAUAAGUCUUAGUGAACCGAAAUGCUAUGGAGAUGCUGUUCCUAUGUUGAUGGAUGGGGAGUUCUUGCGAUGCCCACAGAUCGGAGCACCUUGCCCAAAGGCUGGAUACGCUUGCCAAGCUACUCUUAAUGGUCUGUAUUGCUGCCCAAUGGAAGAAGUAUUUCACGAAACGAGUACACUGCAAACCAUAAUAAGCUCCAGUGACGCUCCGGAAAAAUGCACAGAUUGCGAUAACAGAAAUGUCGAACAACCACCUCCUACCUGUCCUUUCGCAUUUCGAGAAGCUCGUCAUGAGACAAGCGACGAGAUAAAAACUUGCACUGGCUUCCUGGAUUUCACGUGA